GCCUCCACGCCCCAAACGAGCCCCAGCAUGGAACAAUUCCGAGCUGCAGGACCUCAUCAGUGUUUGGGGUGAGGAGGCUGUGCAAGCACAGCUGCGCUCCAGAAGGAGAAAUUAUGAUACCUAUGGGCAGAUAUCGCAGUCCUUGCUGAGAAGGGGCCAUGAACGGUACGCGUUGCAGUGCAGGGUCAAAAUAAAAGAGCUGAGGAGUGCUUACUGCAAAGCCUGUGAGGGAAAUCGCCGCUCAAGAGCUGCCCCCACAACCUGCCGUUUUUACAAGGAGCUGGAUGCCAUACUUGGGUGUGACCCCACUGCCAAUCCGAGGACCACGAUGGAGAGUUCAGAGCAGGGAGAAGUGGGGGAGGGUGUAGAGGAAGCCGACAGUGAGGCUACUGGCGUGAAGGGAGACACCCCGGAGUCCCAGGAGGCAUGCAGCCAGGAGCUCUUCUCAAGCCAGGAGGAGGCUAGCCAGUCGCAGCAGCUGGAAGUUGCUGGUGAGGAAGAAACUGAGGAGCGUGCUCGGGUGACCUUGACUAAUGCAGCCGGAUCACCGGCCUCACGUCGCUUGCAGAACUUGAGAAGAAAUCCCAGAAAAUCAAAAGAAGAAUUGAUCAAGGCAGUUAGGAAUCACUACAACAGAGAAAGUAGGAAGACGCAGGAAUGGAGAGAGAAAAUGUAUGAAUGGAGAGAGAAAAUGUAUGACUGGAGGCAAACAGAAAGCAGGAGAAAGGAAUUGGCUAUCAAAAAAACCUCAAAGCAGAUGAUAAGCCUCCUGGCUCGCCAAACUGAGUCUUUCGAGUCUCUCGUAGCCAUGCAGGCAGAUAUGUACCGUGGUAACCCACAGCCCUCCCAAAGCUCUUUCUUGUUCCCCAGUAUUUGCACAAAACACCUUUCUCCAGCAGCCAGUUUCUUAUUACCCCCAGCUGCCCCCAACACCUGUUCGAUCACCUACCAGCCCUGAUAACUAUAAUUCUUACCCUGUGCACUCCACCCCCAUUACCGUGCAGCAUAGUAAUCCUGAAGUGCAGCAGACAUUGAACAGUAAUCAAAACAGGACAUAUUCAAACCUCUGAAUGUACAGUCCACCACCCUAACCCCCUGGC